ACCCACAAUUCCCACUGCGCGCGCCGCUCUCCAGUCGCCGCUUCCCGUACCGCACGGCUGAAGUUCCCGCCGGGGCCGGGCUCCCGCCGCCGGGGACAUGCUGCCGAAGCCGCGGAGCCGGGGCCGCCCCAGCUCCCAGGCCGACAGGGACUCGGGCCGCGGCGGAGACAGCCGGGCCCCGAGAAGUGCUGUCGCCGAGGAGGCCCCGAGCACCUCCCGCGGGGGGGGCGGCUCGCAGGACCCCCGCCGCUCCUCGUCGCAGGGCGGCCGCCGGGCCGACGCUCCCCUGGCCGUGGGGCCCAGGUCCCAGAAGCAGCUGGAGCUGAAGGUGGCCGAGCUGGUGCAGUUCCUGCUGAUUAAAGACCAGAGGAAGAUCCCCAUCAAGCGCACCGACAUCGUGAAGCACGUCCUGGGCGACUACAAGGACAUGUUCCCCGACCUCCUGCACCGCGCCGCCGAGCGCCUGCAGUACGUGUUCGGGUACCGGCUGGUGGAGCUGGAGCCCAAGAGCAACACCUACAUCCUCAUCAACAGCCUGGAGCCCGUGGAGGAGGACGCCGAGCUGCGGGGCGACCAGGGCACGCCCACCACCGGCCUGCUCAUGAUCGUCCUGGGGCUCAUCUUCAUGAAGGGCAACACCGUCAAGGAGACGGAGGUCUGGGACUUCCUGCGUCGCCUCGGGGUGUACCCCACCAAGAAGCAUCUGAUCUUCGGCGACCCGAAGAAGCUCAUCACCGAGGACUUUGUGCGGCAGCGGUACCUGGAGUACCGGCGGAUCCCGCACACGGACCCCGUGGACUAUGAGUUGCAGUGGGGCCCGCGAACCCACCUGGAAACGAGCAAGAUGAAAGUCCUGAAGUUUGUGGCCAAAGUCCACAAUCAGGACCCCAAGGACUGGCCGGCCCAGUACUGCGAGGCCCUGGCGGAGGAGGAGGACAGGGCCCGACCGCAGACCAGCGCCCCAUCUCAGACCAGCGCCCGAUCUCAGACCAGCGCCCCAUCUCAGAGCAGCGCCCGAUCUCAGACCAGCGCCCCAUCUCAGACCAGCGCCCGACCUCAGACCAGUGCCCCAGCCCCCUCCUCUUGAAGUCAUAGGUUCCGGGGGACUCCUGGGGACGAGGGUCAAAGGCACAGGCCUGAGAGGGGUGUCAAUGGGGCAGAGGGCCUAUUUCUGUAAAGCUGAAAUGUGUGUAGCUUUAGGAUGUGUUUGCAAACUUUUGUUCUUUUACUGUUAUAAAGUAUUUGGUUCCAAGUUUUCAUUUAUAAAAAUAUGAGAGGA